AUGCCAGUGGGAGAAGUCUUUCUUGGUGCUUUUCUUCAAGUGUUGUUCGACAGAUUGGCGCCACAUAAGCUGUCGCUCUUUCCAUGUGAAGAUGGGAUAUGUUCAGAGUUGAAGCAGUGGAAGCGAAAGUUUUUAAUGAUCCAGGCAGUGCUCAAUGAUGCGGAGGGGAAGCAAUUGAUGAACGAGGCGGUAAAAAUGUGGUUGGAAGAUCUCCAAGACUUGGCUUAUGAUGUGGAGGACAUCCUGGAUGAGUAUGCCACUCAGGUUCUAGAGCGGGAAUUGAUGGCAGAACAAUCGGCAAACAUAUUUGCUGAUUACUUCUCUUCUUGGACUCCAAGUUCUCUGAUUUCCCAGGCCGAAAUGAAGUCCAAGACAGAAGAGAUAACUUGUCGUUUAGAAGAUCUCUGUGAAGAAAAGAAUUAUCUUGGUCUGAAAGAGAUUGCUGGAGGCUCGUUUACUGUUGCAUGGCAAAGACCACCUAGUACAUGUGUGCCAACUGAACCAGCAGUUAUCGGAAGAGAUGCUGAUAAAGCCAAGAUACUUGAAAUGGUGUUAAGCAAUAAACGGAGUGGUGGCAGGUUUCAAGUAAUACCCAUCGUUGGCCUGGGAGGAGUAGGCAAAACAACACUCGCUCGGGAGGUGUACAAUGACAAGGCAGUGGCAGAUUUCAAUCCAAGAGCAUGGGCAUGUGUUUCGGAUGAUUUUGAUGUUCUGCGUAUCUCCAAGGCAAUUCUUGAGUCAAUCACUUCAUCAACUUGCACUCUAACGAACUUAAAUGAAGUACAGGUUCAGCUGAAAAAUAAUAUAGCUGAGAAAAAAUUCUUGUUAGUCUUGGAUGAUGUUUGGAGUAGGGAUUAUGACUUGUGGGAAGCCCUAAAAUCUCCGUUCUUGGCUGGAGCACCAGGAAGUAAAAUAAUUGUAACUACACGUAGCAAGGAUGUUGCAUCGAUAAUGGAACUAGAAGUAUGUUAUAACUUGGAGCUUCUGCCAAAAGAUGCCUGUUGGGCCAUAUUUGAGAACCAUGUAUCUAGGAGUAGAGUUAUUACUGCAGGAAAGAGUAUGGAAUUACUUCAGGAGAAAGUUGUUAAAAAGUGUAAAGGCUUGCCGUUGGCAGCAAGAACGCUAGCUGGCCUUUUACGCUCUAAGCAAAAAUAUGAUGAAUGGGUGGAUAUAUUGGACAGUGAAAUUUGGGAUUUGCCACAGGAAAGUAAUAUUCUCCCUGCAUUAAAAUUAAGUUAUUAUCAUCUUCCAUCACAUCUUAAGAGAUGUUUUGCUUAUUCUGCAAUUUUUCCGAAGGAUUAUGAAUUCAAGAAGGAAGAACUUGUACUUUUAUGGAUGGCAGAAGGAUUUAUUCAACAGUCAAACCAUAAAAAGCAACUAGAAGACAUAGGCGGCGAGUACUUUUGUGAGUUAUUGUCAAGGUCAAUUUUUCAACAAUUGAGUAAUGAUAGUUUGAAAUUUGUGAUGCACGACCUUGUCCAUGAUUUGGCCCAAUGGAUUUCUCGAGAAAUAAGCUUUAGAUUUGAGGAUGAAUCGAGUGUCAUGCAAAUAAAAAGAAGUGAAAGGAUUCGACACUGUUCUUACACAUUUAGAAACUAUGAAGUUGAGAAGAAUUUCGAAGUCUUUCGUGGAGCUGAGCAACUGAGGACAUUCCUGAAAAUAUUUUGGCCGCCAAAGUUAAAAUAUCAUAGGACUUAUGUAAGUCAGUCAGUCUUUCCAAAUUUAUUGCCAAAGCUCAGAAAAUUGAGAUCACUAUCUUUAAUAAAUUAUGAUGUGAUUGAACUACCUGACUCAAUUGGAGAUCUAAAACAUUUGAGGUAUCUCAAUCUUUCUAAAACUCAAAUCAGAAUUCUACCUGAGUCAACAAGUUCACUAUUCAAUUUGCAAAGUUUGUUACUAAGUUAUUGUUCUAGUCUUGAAAAGUUGCCUUUACAAAUGGGAGAUCUGAUCAACCUUCGUCAUCUUGAUAUUAGAGGUGCAAUACUUAUAGGAGAGAUGCCAUUAGGAUUGAAAAAAUUGAAAUGUCUUCAAACUUUAUCUAAUUUUGUUGUGGGGAAAGGUGUCGGAUCUAGUAAUUUGAAAGAUUUGAAAGAAUUAAAGUUUAUUCGUGGAGAACUUUAUAUUUCAAGGUUAGAGAAUGCAACUGAUUGUCAUGAAACAAGAGAUUCUAUAUUGUGUGAUAAGAAGGACUUAGAAGUGUUAGUGCUAGAAUGGAGUUCUUCUAUGCCCUCUCGAGAUGAAGAAGAGAAAAUUGUUCUCGACAUUUUACAACCCCAUAAAAAUCUGAAAGAGCUCACAAUCAAUAAUUUUGGUGGCAAAAAAUAUUCAUCUUGGAUAGGAGAUCCAUCAUUCUCUAAUAUGGUGGUUUUGACAUUGGAUGGAUGUGAAAGUUGCAUAACCUUGCCUUCGAUUGGGCUACUGGGCUCACUUAAAUACCUCACCAUUAAAGGGAUGAAAAUGCUUAAAAAAGUAGGCUGUGAGAUCUAUGGGGAGAGUUGCUCAGAGUGUUUUCAAUCAUUAGAGACACUUUGUUUUGAGAAUUUGCCGGAAUGGGAGCAUUGGGAUCCUUUUGAGGAAAAGUUGCAUGCUGAAAGUUUCUAUUGUCUCCGAAAGCUUUCCAUUAAACGAUGUCCCAAACUCUAUGGAAGAUUACCUAACCAUCUUCCUUCAUUAAAGGAACUUGUGAUUAGUGAAUGUGAGGAAUUUGUUGUUUCCUUCACAAGCCUGCCAAAGCUCUGCUGUUUAAAAAUAGAAGGAUGCAAACGCGUGGUAUGCAAUAGUGCAAUUGACUUCCAAACACUGAACCCUCUUCCUUUAUUGGAGACUGCUAUGAUUGAGGAAUGUGAGGAAUUAAUGGUUUCUUUCUCGACCCUUCCUGUUCUCCGCUCACUGGAAAUAAAUAGAUGCAAAGGAUCAGAUGUUGCUGUGUUUAGAAGUUGGUCAAAGGAGGAGUUUCAGAAAUUAGAAACUCUGAAAAUUGACGGUUGUGAAGAGCUCAGACAACUGUGGCCAAAUGUGAUAUGUCCUGAGAAGCCACCACAAGGGUUGGGGUUGGAUUGCUUUAUCUUGCUUAAAGAGCUAUAUUUGAGUGAGCUUCCAAGUCUAGUUUCGUUUCCAGAUGCUUCUCUUUCCAGUCUGACCAAAGUUCACAUUCGGAAUUGUGAAGCCAUAAAAUCUUUACAUGAAGGGUUGAAGCACAACAACGCACGUAUUCAGCACUUGGAAGUUUCUAGUUGUCCUUCUCUAAGAAGGAGGAUGGGGACAACACCGCUACAUCUCUUCUUUACGAGUUGA